AUGUUGUCCCAAUCGUCUCCCAUCCCCAGAGGCAAUCGUCGCCCGAGUGUUGGAGCCAAAUCCCGUGUCUGCGUGCAUUGCGGCCGGAGUUUUCGGAGAACAGAACACCUCGAGCGCCAUGUUCGCACUCAUACCAAGGAAAAGCCGUAUGCAUGUUUCUGCGGGGCGGCCUUCACGCGGCGGGACCUGCUGAAGAGACACACCCGCAUUUCCCACCAAAACAAUGGCCUUAUCUCGCCCAACUCCCAGCCAGAACCGGAUAGUCCCGAACAUGCGGGUGGUCUCCGCGCGUCAGAAACAUCGACGGUCCACCAGCAACAGUCGCAGCAACAUCCACCACCGAAAUCCCAAGCACAGUCCCAAUACACCGUCCCCAUAGCGUCCCGGUCGGAUGUCCCCAUCCCGGUGUCGACGACCACGGAACACUGGUCAGGUCCCCAGCAUCGAUCCUAUCUGGCGCAUGAUCAGUCGAUGUUGAGCACGGAGGGCGUGGGUGUCAGUACAGGCCUGGUUGGGCAGCCUCCCAUCACCCACGACGCAGACAUCCUACAGGCGGCCCAGCUUCUCCUACCCGGGAACUUUCGAGAUGCACAGCCUCCAGCCCAACCGCUACCGUACCUACCCGAGGAAUUGAACCACUUUCAAGAGUUCACCCAUUUCUUGGACUCCAUCGGGUUGCCGUCCGAAUGGGUGCCGACCAUGGGGGAUGUCCCCCAGGUCCAUCAUCCCGUCCCGGGAGAGGUCCCCGACUCCGGCAUGAAAGUCAAAGAGCCCCAUGUCGUUUCCCGUCGGGCACAUGGAGAACGUGCACGCGCGGACUCCCCCUUUCGAUCCUGGCUGCCAUCAGUUCCUCCCGGAGACCAGAGCUUGGGAACCGUCUCGGAUUAUGAACCUUCUCAGACAUCUACACAGUCCUCGCCGCUCAAGGUCAGCGAAGAGCAAAGGCUGGAUCUGGCGUCGUCGUUGGAAGAAUUCCGGCAUCUGAUCCCCGAUUUUGUCCUGCCUUCCCGGCACACCCUGACCCGAUACUUGACCUCCUUCUUUGACGGGUUUCACCCCCACCUGCCAUUCAUCCAUGUUCCCACGCUGCGGAUCCACGAGCGCCCGCCGGAGCUGAUCUUGGCGCUCUGCACCCUUGGUGCUCAAUAUCGUUUCGAGCAUCGUAAUGCGGAAAGAAUGUUCCAUGUCACCAAAGCCAUCAUCCUGCAUCGACUCUCCAAAGAAGCGCCGCAAGUAAUCCCAGCGACGUGCAACACGGUGAUCCAGAUCCCUUUGGCUCAUAUCCGCGACCCUGACUCCCAGCAUUCCUCGGCCCUCCCGCCGUCCGAAAACUAUCUAGGAAUGGUCGCAUGGAGACAAUUGGAAAACAUCAGGACCCUUCUGGCCCUCAUGGGAUACGCCACCUGGGAAGGGGCCGAAUUGGUCCAAGAAGCGUUUGCGCUGCAGGGCCUCCUCGUGCGCUGCCUGCGUGAGCUGGGCAUGACCGAAAACAUUACCGUAGCCCCGAGACAUCGGCCUCUCCAUUGGCACGAGUGGGCAGAGGAGGAAUCCAUCCGUCGCACUCGGUUCAUCUCCUUCUGCUUUGUCCAUGUCCACAGCAUCGCUUACAACAUCUACCCGGUUCUCCGAAGCAGCGAGGUUCACCUGCGCCUGCCAUGCUCCACAAGGGAAUGGAACGCCCCGACGGCCCACGAUUGGGAGAUGGCGGAGCGGGAGGUCGGUUCCCAGCAAUUGUUUUUCCAGGAUGCAUUGGCGCUUCUCUUGCAACCCUCUCGGUCUCCCAUGUUGCUGGAUCCAAUUCCAGCGCCUUUGGGGAAUUACAUUCUUCUCCACGGUUUGUUACAACGCAUCCACCUGGUGAGCGAGCUCUCCAUCCCGCAUGGGACCGAAUCUCUCGCGCUCCCAACUGAGGAGCUCAACAAACUCGAGAGAGCGCUCCGCUCGUGGACGUCUGUUUGGCAGCAGGCACCUGAGUCCAGUCUUGACCCUCACAACGAGAAUGGCCCUCUCCCUUUCACGUCCAGUGCCCUCUUAGGCCUGGCUUACGUACGCCUGUCCCUUAAUUUGGGCCCGUUCCGCCAACUCAAAACCCGCGAUCCGUAUCGCAUCGCCUCCGCGCUGCACAGUUCUCCUCGUCCCGAAAGAAGCUAUCGAUUGACCCCAGCCCUCAUCUAUUCGGCCCACGCGUUGAGCAUCCCGGUCAGACUCGGGAUCGAUCACGUCGCCCGCAGCCAAGCCUUCUUCUGGAGCGUUCGACAUUCCAUUGCCAGUCUCGAAUGCGCGGUGCUCCUCAGUAAAUGGCUGUUUUCUCUGGCAGAGACGGAUGAGGAUCAUAACCUGAGCGAGAAUGAGAGUCGAAUCUUGCACUGGACCCGGUGUAUCGUCCAAGAAGCCUACGACUCAAUGGAUUUGGAAGAAGGGGAGGUCAUCCCCAGUAUGGACCCUGGUGGCCUUGGGGUUGCCGUGAUAAAGCUGUGGGCCCGUCUCUUUCGGAAAAACACGCAGUGGCCGUUUAUCAAUGUCCUCGGCGACAGCCUGGAGAAAUACUUAUGCUUACUCCGCCCGGGCUGA